UGGCUGUGUGGAGGGAUCACCUUCAAGCAGUGGAGAUAUUAUUAUCUCGGGGCAGUGAGGUGAAUCCUCGAAAUAAAGAUGGUCUAACACCGCUGCACUGGGCCUGUACAUGGGGACACACACACACAGUCGGCCUAUUGUUGGGUCACAAUGGCAUCGAUGUCAAUGUGAUGGACAACGCUGGAGACACACCACUGCAUGAGGCAGUUCGGGGCCAACGCAAUGGUGUUGUGUCUCUAUUGCUGAACCAGGGUUCUGUUCAGUUGGAUAUUAAGAACAAAAAGAAAAUGACACCAUUGCUUGAAGCCGUUUCCCGGGGUCACCUCGGAAUGACACACCUGUUAAUAGCCCUGGGUGCAAACAUAAAUGCUGUUGAUGGUGAAGGUAACAGCUGUUUGCACCUAGCCAUGGAAACAGAAGUGUUUAAUUCCGAGGAUGCACCCAUGGAUUUACUAAACGAAUGCUGCACUGCCCUUAACCUGAAAAAGGAUGAAAUGCUCUCUGGUGUAGUUGCUGCUAAAUAUCUCGCCAGCCAGGGAGCUGACUUUCACCAUAGAAACAACAAAUAUAACACACCAUUCGAUCUCAUUAAGGACCCAAAUUUGAGAAAAAAAUUAGAAACAUUUUCACCACCACAAUGUUUGUUGUGCAGAAAUAAAGAGGCCACAACAAAAGUUCAUCCCUGUGAACACCUUCUGACAUGUGAAGAAUGUUCAAAAGUUCCACUUAAACGAUGCCUGAGGUGUUUGAAACCUGUAACAAGCAGAGGUCGAGUUGAGGCUCGAAAGUUUGAAGACAGGUGUGUACAAACAGAGGCUACAUGUCAGGAAUUAGAGGUUGCAUCUCAGGAAACUGAGAAUCGAACAUUCAAAGACAAAGAAACACAGACACAGGAAGAACCUGUUGUGCAUCCAAAGGUUGAAGACAAUGCAUCCCAGACAGAGGCUCAGCCACUUGAUAUACUAACGCUAGAGGUGAAGCAUCUACAUCGGGUGUCCAAAAAGUUGGCGGGUAAAUGGCAGCAACUUGGAAGGGAAUUAGAAAUUACACAAGAUGACCUGGAAAUCAUCAAGCACGACAAUCCUUAUAACAUUAUGGAACAAGGCUUUCAGAUGCUUCUAAAAUGGUUUCGAGGUUGCGAUCCAGCGAAACGUACACCUCAAACAUUAAAAGAAGCUCUUUUAGAAACGGAAUGUUUCACGGCGCUUGAAUGUUUAUUAUCAGACUUCAGUUGAAUUUCUUGUAAAUAUUGCUGUUGUUUAACCCCAAAUCUACCUUCACCACACACAGGCAUAUGAUUAAAUGCCUUCCAUCCAGGACCAUCAUGUUUUCCUUGUCUAAUGUGUCAUUCUUUAAGAUGAUAAGUGAUGAAUGGAGUAGGAUUCGGCUACUAAUUCUAGCAGAUCUAUUUACCACAUGGAGAUCUCUUUAUUUGUUUAGCUCCCUUUUUGUUGGAGAUUAACUUUGGAAAUAAAGAUUGAAAUUUCA